UAUUUAGUGUUAGUGUAGCAUUACCACAGUGAAACUACAGUAAUGGCCGUAUCCACUACAGUCAAUACUUCUAAUUAUUGUUAUCUUUUUAGUGUUAUCUUUUACGUGUCGAAGUGAAUCGGUCAUUUCCGUCAUGUCGUCGGAAGCACACGAAGAGCUGAAUGCGCUGGUGCCGUCGGUUUAACCCCAGUGGUCUGGGCUAGGAGGCCAAACAGCGUCAAGUGUCAUGUUGCGUUUACCCGCAGUCGGACGGGCCUUAGCUGGGGCGUCCCGCUCUAAAGUGUCCCUUGCCACCUCCAGCAAUGUAAGGACAUCUGUCCGGGCCUUGAGUAAUAUGGUAGAGGUGUUUGUAGAUGGCAAGCCUGUGAUGGUUGAGCCAGGCACUACUGUACUGCAGGCUUGUGAGAAAGUUGGGGUGCAGAUACCUCGUUUCUGCUAUCACGAACGCCUGUCUGUGGCAGGAAACUGUCGCAUGUGUUUGGUAGAGAUUGAGCGAGCGCCAAAGCCUGUGGCGGCGUGUGCUAUGCCUGUCAUGAAAGGGUGGAAUAUUCUCACCAACUCUGAGAAGACGAGGAAGGCCAGGGAGGGAGUCAUGGAGUUCCUUCUUGCCAAUCACCCUCUUGACUGUCCAAUCUGUGACCAGGGAGGAGAGUGUGACUUGCAGGACCAGUCGUUAAUGUUUGGCUCGGACAGAAGUCGGUUCACCGAAGGGAAGAGGGCGGUGGAGGACAAGAACAUUGGCCCUCUCAUCAAAACGAUCAUGACACGUUGCAUUCAGUGCACACGUUGUGUCCGCUUUGCUAGUGAGAUUGCUGGGGUGCAGGAUCUUGGCACCACAGGCCGUGGGAACAGCAUGCAGAUUGGCACUUACGUAGAGAAAAUGUUCAUGUCAGAGCUGUCGGGGAACGUGAUUGAUGUGUGUCCUGUGGGAGCACUGACAUCCAAACCCUAUGCUUUCACAGCCCGACCUUGGGAGACCAGGAAAACAGAAUCUGUUGACGUGCUUGAUGCAGUGGGAUCUAAUAUAGUGGUGAGCACAAGAGGUGGGGAGGUAAUGAGGGUUCUGCCUCGCCUCAAUGAAGACGUCAAUGAGGAGUGGAUCUCCGACAAGACCAGGUUUGCCUAUGAUGGGCUGAAGCGUCAGCGCCUCACCCAGCCCAUGAUGAAGGACGCCACUGGGCAGCUCGUGCCCACAUUCUGGGAAGAUGUCCUCACACAUGUAGCUGGCGUGCUCCAGAGUGUCCAGGGGUCUGAGGUAGCAGCCAUUGUCGGUGGGAUGGCCGAUGCGGAAUCUCUGGUCGCCCUGAAGGACUUGUUGAACAAACUGGACAGUGAGUUGCUCUGCACAGAGGAGAGCUUCCCUGUGGCUGGUGCUGGAACCGACCUACGCUCCAAUUACCUGCUGAACACUCGUAUUGCCGGCAUCGAGGAAUGUGACCUGCUGCUUCUGAUCGGAACAAACCCCCGCUACGAGGCCCCACUUUUCAAUGCACGCAUCCGCAAGAGUUGGCUACAUAAUGAGUUACAGGUUUCUUUGGUUGGUCAUAAAGUGGAUCUUAGCUACUCAUACAACCACCUCGGCGAUUCCACUCGAGUGCUUCAGGAAAUUGCUGCUGGAACUCACCCUUACUGCCAGGUACUGGCCCAGGCCAAGCGGCCGGUGGUGGUGGUGGGAAGCUCGUGUCUGCAGAGGGCAGACAGUGGCGCCAUCUUCAGUGCCGUGUCCAUGAUCGCUAAGAAUGCCCGUAUCACCAGCGGGGUGCAGGAUGGGUGGAAAGUCCUGAAUGUGUUACACAGAGUGGCCAGUCAGGUAGCUGCUUUAGACCUUGGUUAUAAACCUGGAAUAGAAGCAAUCAGGAAGAAUCCUCCCAAAGUGCUGUUUCUGUUGGGAGCUGAUGCAGGCUGCAUUACCAGAACAGACCUGCCCAAAAACUGCUUCAUAAUCUACCAGGGUCACCACGGUGAUGUAGGAGCACCCAUGGCUGACAUCAUCCUGCCAGGUGCAGCGUACACAGAGAAGAAUGCCACAUAUGUGAACACGGAGGGACGGGCCCAACAAACGAGGGUUGCGGUCACCCCACCUGGCUCAGCGCGUGAGGACUGGGAGAUCCUCCGGGCUAUCUCUGAGGUGGCUGGAGCACCUCUGCCCUAUGACACAUUAGAAGAGGUCAGGAAGAGACUGGCGGAAGUGGCCCCUAACCUGAUACAUUAUGAUGAUGUAGAGGAGGCCAACUUCUUCCAGCAGGCCCAUGAGCUCUCUAAGGCUGUCAGCCAGUCACUGCUUGCAGACCCACUCAUUCCCCCUCAGCUCUCCGUAAAAGACUUCUACAUGACCGACUCCAUCAGCAGAGCCUCCCAGACGAUGGCCAAGUGUGUGAAAGCUGUGACCGAAGGUGCAGGGGCAGUAGAGGAGCCGGCUAUCUGCUAACUUGCACCCUUACCUGCUCACUGUAGCUUGCUCCUGACACACACACACAUAUGUGUGUGUGUGUGUGUGUGCCUGUGUAAAGCAAGGUUUCUGUGUUACUUGCUCAUUUCUGUAAUUAGUCCUAAAAGGUUUGUUUCUCAGUAAACCAUCUUAAAAGUUAUGGUUUGGUUUAUUUAAAUACACCAAUAAGAAGCUUGGAAAGAUUUAAUUCACACACUGAGAUCAAAGCAGGACUGCAUUGUUAUUGAAAGCUCAUAUGAUGAAUAAAACUUUAUUAUACCUAA